AUGGUUUCAAGGUCCUCAGGAUACCUUAUCGACAAGGCGGCAAAGAUACCAAACGCCAAGCCGGCGAUGUUACCAAUCGCAGCUUCUCUUAUGGACAUGGCUUUGGUGACGAUACCAAACGCGACGGCUUCUCGAUGUAUUUCUAUCUCCCGGACAAGAAGGAUGGAUUGGAUGAUCUUGUGA